AUGGGUACGCUGUCCCUUGGCGGGUGCGGCCCCCUUGCUAGCGGCCCUUCGCUGUCUCGCACGACCCACACGCCCACAAUCCCACACGCACUGUGCACCGCACUUCCCUUGCACCCUCCCGACAGUGGCACUGGUCUUCUCUUCCUCGCCCUUUUUCCCCUUCACUUUGAAAACAUCACUGCCUACCCAAACCCAUCUGGCUCAAUUCCAACGUUCUUUUCUCGGGCCCCCAAUAGUCCCAAUGCUGUCCGGGUAUCUCGAGAUUUGACGCCUCUGACUCGGCUUGGAGGACUGAUGGCAGCCGCAUACACAGUCAGGGGCUCGCCAGAUGAUAUUGCUAUUGGAGAAAUGAGUAAUGUUACGACAGCUCGUCUCGCAACUCCCAUAUUUCCACAAGACAUCAUGGCGGGUUCUGUUGGCGCUUUGCCUUCACCACAUAUCAAUCUUCCACCACCGAAUCCACCUUUUACAUUUCCAUCCCGCCCAUCAUCUUCGGCUCCUUCGUCGCUUUCUAGAACCACGGGACGGCGGCAUCAAUCAGCCAUAGACAUCCCUAAGAUUGGGUUAGGAGUGGAUUUGUCACCCUCGCAUAGCCCAUCGGCGGUGCUCCCCGACUUCCACUUUAAUCCUAGCAAUGAUUUCAGCUCUGAACCUCGCAAUCGUCGCCCGAGACCGCCUCCCCUGCCUGAUUUCACCUUCAAUCCAGGCGCAGACUCGUCUUUCUUGAGCCCAUCAACUGCUUCUCCCUCUCCCAGGGCCAUUUCUCACAUGGGACAUCGGCGAGGAGGCAGUGAAUUCGUCGGUGGUACACUCAAGCCAGGAGAGUCGAUCACUGUGAUGAGCACGAGUCCAACAAAAAGUGAGAGUGAAUUUGCCUCGCCAACGCUCACCCCAUCGACGGGCCCUCGUAGACACCAACGGGGGCAUUCCCAUCGACGUUCUGGUGCUAUCUCAAGCCAUGAUCUCAGCCUAAUAUUGCAGACAAGCCCGAAUCCUUCCUCGAGAGGCAGCAGCGCUCCCGCCAGCCCCGCAGGCUUUCGCGAUCAACAGCCACCUUUCAAAAUCAAUGAACAACACACGGUAGAACCAGCCUCGGCUGGCCCUAGAGAACCCACUCCAGUUGGCGAGCAUACACUUCCUGAGAAACCGACUCGAUCUUUGCCUGAACUAAGCCCAAAGCCACCCACACGCACACGGGUUGGUUUUUCUGACACUCUUGAGUUCAUACCUCGUCCACUAUCUCUAGUUUCAACCGAUACAGCCAGCACAGUACGGCCGGGACACUCUGUCUCUGGUAGCAUUUCAUCGAUUGCGUCUAUGAGUAACGCGGCCAUUACCGACCGUGAUUUGCCAAUCAUUUUAGGCUCUUCUGUUCCACUAGCAAAAUCUGGUUCUCGUCCAAGUACUGCAGGCGCAAUAUUGGAGCGUACAUCGAGCCUUCAUGUUGCCGUCGAAGAUAAACUCUCACCUAAGAGACGCAAUUCAAUCUUAAUUCUUAAUGACUUAGCGCAGGCGAAUCAUGCGACCUCAGCAGUAUCUACUCCAACGAAAACUCCUAGAAGGUGGACCUUUUUCGGAUUUGACUCCUUUGCUACCACAGGUUCACCCACUAAACCUAGACUAGCAAGUACAAGCUCGCCUGACACAACAAAAGAGAGUAUAGGCACAGAAUGCGUCACAUCAACUGGUGACGCUGACUUUGCUCAAGUUCUUGGAACUAGCAGGAGUGUUUCUCCAAGCGGGGAAAAGAAAAAAUCAGGCAAGAAGAGACAGAAAAAGGUCAAGUCAUGGGCAGGAUCAAUACUUCCACGCAAAUCAAAAUCACGCGGUCAAAAGUCAAAGGCUCGUCGCCGAUCUCAAACACCUCCAACAACCCGUGUCUUAAAGGACGAAGAUCAAGACUGCGAAUUUUAUGAAGCCACUGAUCAAUCGUCGGAAACUGAUUUAGGACACAACUCUGAUGCGUUAAGAGAACUAGUUUCCCAACCAGAAAAACGUAGCCAACUUCAUACCGAUGAUGAGGCUUUCAGUCCAAUGAUUGAUUUGGACGCUGCACUUGGCCCUUUCAACACACCAACCCGCGAUCCUAAAUGGGAGGAGGCUCAAAGGGCUGGGAUGCCACCCAAGAGACAGCUUCAUAGUGCCGCUGGAAUGAGGGGCUUUUCUGGACCCGGAAUGCAUUACCAUCGUCGUGCUGAAAGCGCACCAGAAAUGCCACCUUUUGAAGGAGGCCGAUUUAGUAUGCACCGCUUUGGUAGUUCUUCGACUAUGGCUGAUGUCUUUGAGGAGGACGAGGAGGAGGACGAGGAGGAAGACGAUCAAACUGGGGAGUCCGCAGCGGAUGAUUCGACGAGUGAGUCCCAGGACACAAAUUCUGGACAUGAGGAAGAAGACCACGACACAGACGCAGCCUCGACUCCGAGACAAGAGCACAGUACAGAAUUAGCCAUUCCAACAGCUGAUGUUUCGACAUCACCCUCGAUGAAGAGCAAGAAGAGUAGCUCAAGUUUAGGUCCGCCUGUCCACGGGAAAGGAGGCAAUGAUAACUCUUCAAGUAACCUGCACAACGAUAUCAUUGCGGAAGAAGGAUCCUAUUUCGUAUCUAAUAGACGGGAAGCAAUAUACACAACUCCGUUGGAGACAUCUAUCACGACAGUCCCUUCACCAGGCCGAGACCGGGGUCAUGAGCAGAAGGAGUUCAUACCCCCGGACGCAACUUCCAUCAUCCUAUCUGGACCUCCUCCCACCAUACCAAUUAGUCCGUACUCUAUCAGCCAUUCAUCCUCGUUCCCCUCACCGCGCUCGCCCAUGUCAUAUGAUCCUCAUAGGAUAUCUACAGCGCCAUCAUCCGUCACGGACGAUAACAACUUUCGCUCCUUAUUAAUGGGAGAGCCAGGGCCGGAAUUAGUCCGGCUAUCAAUAGACGUUCCUCCCUCACUAGCCAGCACGAACUCAACAACGACGCGAGAUAGUAGCUUUAUACCUGGGGUUCGGCCGAGGAACAAGCCAUUUCAGGAACAACGGCCAGCCUCCUUUACCUCGACUGCGUUUGGACGUCGCAGAUCCAGUCUAGCGAGCUUAAGUCGCCUCAUUAGUAGUGCUCAUGGAGAACGCAGUAAGCUCAGCACGGAAGUGCCUUUUGACAACGAAGCCGAAAAGAAGUCUAAAACCAGCAAGUCUAAGCGCCUAACGAGAUUAAUGCAAUUCUGGAAACCAAAGGCCUCUAAUGAUUCUUAA